AUGGAAUUAGAACGAAGGGAGAUGUUACUAGAGGAACUCGCCCACUUUGUGGAGGAUGCACAAGACAGCGGUUGUCUGACUUUGAACACCUUCACCAAGAAAAUUUUUGAAGAGAUCGCCGCGGAGUUGCAUAAGCGCUUCCCAAACCACCGGCCAUUCUCAGAUGUCGAUAUGUAUGUUAUAUCUGAUGAUCUGCCUUUUGGCUGCAAUGAUGAUGCUGUGUAUUUUGUUGUAUCCCUAUUUUUUGUUAAGGACGACCCCAAAUGCAAGAAAUUCAGGGAGCAAGGGGUACCGCACUAUGAGGAGUGUACGAAUUUGUUUUCAAAGACAACAGCUACAGGCGGUUAUCGCGUUGAAACCUCUGUUGUUGCCAGAGACUCUGAUCAAGAAAGACAAGUUGAGCAACAUUUUCGCGGUACAUCGGUGCACAAAAUUGGUGGUGUGACUGCAACAUAUGAGGCUCGUCGUGUCCAUGAAGCUGGUGCAUCCUCCAGAAAAAGUGGAAAGGGGAAAAGGUCACUUCACUCCGGUGGGAGUGAAGGUAGGCUUUCAAAGAAAAGUUGUGAUGAACAAAUGGAUGUGGCUGUUGCCUAA